UAGAUAAAUAUAGACUAUAUCACAAUAUUACUAUUUUACACAAACGAGACUUUAAAGUAGUAGUAGUAGAUACUAGAUACUAAUAGAAGAGAGCACAAAAGGCAAAUCAGCAGCCAACUAUUUUAACUAUCCAACCAAUCCGACUGUUGACGAUUACUGACGAUGACUGUCGCAACCUCAACAACAGUACAACAGAAACCACCAGUAACAGUCAGUCAGUUUUAACUUUAACUCAUUUUAGUUUUUCUCUAUCAGUUUUUAUAUUACAAUUUACGGUAACUGGUAGUCAAACUCUUUUUUAAUCUUCCGAACUAUAGUAAUUUUCGUUAUACUUUGGAUUUUGUAUUCUGUACUCUUAACUAAGUCCAUUUCACAACACAGUUACUAGCCAAAGACAUUUAAAAUUUUUUAUCAUUUAACAUUUAAAUUAAAUAUCAAUAAAAAUACAUAUCAUUAAAAGUAAAAUAAAACUGUGAUUAAAUUGGAUAUCUAAAGUUAUUCGUUAAGUAACUAAUUAAUUAAUUUUCUUAGUGUACUAAAAAUAUAAUAAUAAUUAUUAUAAAGUGAAUAAGCCCGUUAUAUUUAGUGUCGAAAUAACAAAACGAUAAUACGAUAAAAUAGUGAAGACCUGGGCUGGUUGCUUGAGCAGGUUCGAGACAAAGAAAUUAAACUCCAGCUUGCCAACUUAUAAAUUUAAUAAAUAAUCUUUACAUAUUUUUAAAUUUUAAUUAUUAUAAAUUAUUAUUUUAUUGAGAUAAUCAAAAAGAUAUUUAUUGAUGUGGUUAUGAAAAAAAAAUGGAUAUUAAAAGUGCGGUGUACAACGCUGCAAGAGAUGGCAAACUCAGACGUCUAAAGGUAUUCCUUGAUGAUAGAGAGAAACAUGACCUAGAGCAAUUGGUGGGUGCAAAAACUCAUGGGGCAACGCCGCUAGUAAUGGCCUGUAGGAAUGGUCAUUACGACGUCGCUGAAUAUCUCAUUGAAAAAUGUGGAGCUGACGUUGAACAGCCGGGCUCAGUUGUGUUUGAUGGAGAGACAAUAGAAGGUGCACCUCCACUUUGGUGUGCAGCAGCCGCUGGUCAUUUGGCUUUAGUUAUAUUACUUGUUAAACGUGGAGCUAAAUUAAAUGCAACAACUAAAACAAAUUCAACACCCUUACGUGCUGCAUGUUUUGAUGGGCAUUUUGAAAUUGUUAAAUUUCUUGUUAAAUAUGGUGCAGAUAUAGAACUGGCUAAUAAACACGGGCACACAUGUUUAAUGAUCGCCUGUUAUCGAGGACACGUACGAAUAGCAAAAUUUUUAUUGGCUUUAAAAGCAGAUACAAAUAGAAAAUCAGUAAAAGGAAACACAGCUUUACAUGAUUGUGCUGAAAGUGGAUCACUUGAAAUUUUAAAAAUUUUAGUUGAACAUGGAGCCCGUAUGGAUGUUGAUUCAUAUGGUAUGACACCAUUAUUGGCUGCUGCAGUGGCUGGUCACAUGCAUAUUGUUCAAUAUUUAAUAGAUAUACCUCAAUUAGUAUCACGAAAAGAAAAAAUAGAUGCAUUGGAAUUGUUGGGAGCGACUUAUGUUGAUAAAAAACGUGAUAUGAUUGGUGCACUUGAUUGUUGGAAACGUGGUAUGAAUGAACGUUAUUAUGGGGAUGGUAAAAUAAUUGAAAAACCACCACGACCACCAGUUGUCGGUGCUUAUGAUUAUGCUCAAGAAAUUUCCGAUCCUGAAGGUUUAGAUGAAUUGCUGGCAGAUCCAGAUGAAAUGCGUAUGCAGGCAUUGGUUAUAAGAGAAAGAAUUCUUGGUCCAGCUCAUCCUGAUACUAGUUAUUAUAUAAGAUAUCGUGGUGCUGUUUACGCUGAUUCUGGUAAAUUUGAACGGUGCAUUGAGUUAUGGAAUUAUGCAUUGGAUAUGCAGCAGAGUAUGUUGGAGCCUCUUAAUCCAAUGACACAGAGUUCAUUGUUUAGUUUCAUUGAGUUAUUUAGCUUCAUGGUUGGCGAAGAAGGUAGACAAACUCCCAGAGGACGUAGAAUACCAUCAGUUGAGAGACAUGAGCUUAUGAGAGUUUUUAAAAAAGCGGUAUUGGAAGUUAAAUUAGGCAAGCAAAUGUUAGACAAGUUGCCAUCCUGUGAUCGUGAUCUUACAAAUUUAAAUCGAACACUCGUAAUUACACUUCAUCUUGCUUGUCUACUAACACGUGAAAUGCCUGAUAUUAAUUCGUCUGAUUAUGAUGCCCUCCAUAAAGCUAUUUACGAAUUAGUACGAAUUAAUGCCAGAGAUAAAGGAGGAAAAGAUGUACUUCAAAUGAUCCACAAUGUAGAUGCAACAUUUCCCGCUCGUUAUUCAGCUUGUAAAUUAACAUCACCCCAAUUAACAAUGGCAUUGUUAAAAGCUGGUGCAGAUCCAACUUGCAAAGAUGACGAUGGUAAUACAGCAUUACAUUUGACAGCUUUAUCUUACCCAUGGCGCACUGAUUUGGCAACAAUACUACUACGCGCUGGCGCACAUAUUGAUGUUGUUAACAAUGAUGGUAACACAUACGAAUCAUUACUCGAUGACAAAAUAAGAUUCAUGACACUUAAUCCUAUUAAAUAUACAACUUUGAUGUGUUUAGCUGCUCGCGUUAUUCGUAAAAACAAUAACAAUAUUGAUAUUAAUAGGGUACCCGUUCACUUAAGAGAUUUCGUUCUUCAACAUUAGACAUUACAUUCAAAAUCAUUCUUCAUUAAAUUUAAUAAUUACUAUUAUUUUUAAUAAACUAAAAAUUUUUAAAUUUAUUAUUUUUAAUGUUUUUUUUUCGAUUUCAUUUUUUCAUAGGAAUUCUAGUCUCGUUAUUAAUUAUUAUUAUUAUUAAAUUAUAAAAAUAAUUAAUUGAUUGUUUAAUGGAAUUGAUAUUAAAUACACAAUAAAUUUUUAUUGUUUCUUUAUAUAAUUAAUAAAAAAAAUAUAUUCUAAAGCGGCAUGACUUACUUUUAAUGAUAAAUUUUUAAAAAAUAAAUUACAUGUUUUUUUGAUGAAAAAAAAUUUUUAAAAGCUCAAAAAAAUUUUUCAUAUAAUUUUGCAAGUGUAAAAAUAUUUUUUAAUUUUUUUUCUUUGUUUGAAUAAAUUAUUUAGUGUAGAAAAAAAAAUAUAUAUAGUAAAAUAAUCGUGUUUCGUAAACAAUAAUAACUAGAUAAAUAAUAAUCAAGUGAUUAACAAUAGUAAUAAUUUAUAAAUGUUAUUAAAUAAAUCUAAGUAUUUGUUUAAUUUUAAUACUUUCAAACAAUGACAUUAAUAAUUAAUAAAAAGUCGCAAGGCAAUUGGAGGAAAAAAAAAAGCUUUGUGGUAGUACUGAUACUUUUAUGUACUUUGUGAUAAAGAAAUAAAAAUGUUAAUUAACUUUAUAAUAAAUAAAAAUAAGUUAAUAAAUUUUGCUAUCGUUUUUCAUUUUUUUUAAACAAUCGUUUAAUUAAUUAAUAAUUUGGUGUACUAAUGAGCGUGUAAGCUUGGCUUAUUAAUUAAUAUAGAAAAUUAUACGACUAAUUGUAGAUUUUUUUUUGUAAAUAUUGUGAAGGCUGUGGAUAUA